CGCUGCUGAUCAAAGGCGUUUGCAGCAGACCGCCCGGAUAGACGCGGAGUCCUACAGCUCCACAACGGCCGAUGUGCGCGGAUCACACAUCUGAUCACGGCUUCGUUUCACGGCUUUGCAUCGACACACCAUCCGCGGCGUUUCCGCGACAUCCAUUGCGCUUCUUUCUUCACUGGUGACAGCAGGCGAGCGCGGAGCAGAACGGGCGCUGAUGGGAAUAAGAAACAGCGCGUUUUCAUUACAUUCCUGUUCGGAAGAACGAUCCACGCUUUCGUCGUUCAUAUUUUAGGAGCGCGCGCAUCCCUCUCCAUGCAUCGGACGUAGACUUUGGGAACGCGGGAGAGUUUUCGCACGGCGUCUGAACGGAAAACCAACAGUUUUCACAAACACUCGGAACGAUUAUCGGCGUCUCGUCGGUGCUGUGACGCUCGUUUUGAUCUUUGGAUGUAUUCUUCAAUGCGCUCGUCUCUUGGAGUGAUGUGCAGCGUGCCAAACGCACAUAGAUGUUGAGAAGCGACCCUUGACGCUGCGGUUUGCGAGGUUAUCUGCACGAUAUGUGCUGUUUUAUUCACUCUGCGCAAAAAACUUCAGCGUUGCACUAUUUGGCAACGCGCGUAUGCGAGAGCAUCUGUAGACAGCAGCAGCGUGUUUGGAAACACAUUGAUGUUUUCUUGUAAUGUAAAGCAAACAGGCGUUUAAAUAUGUGUUCUUGCAUGUGCAUAUAACAUUGCGCUCUGUUUCAAAGCUGAUUUCAUUUUAAGGCCAUUAAGUUUCAAUUUUGGUUUCCUAUAAGCAUUGUUGUCAGUGUGUUGAAAGCGCAUGUUAAUAGUUAUUAGACACUAUAAUUUGGUGCUUUAAUUUGGAAGAUUGAGUGCAUUUAGUUUAUCGGAUGAGAUGACGACAGGAAGCUGGUUAAAAGGCCACACCGAUGCGCAAUGACGCUCUUGCAGUGUGCACAUUUGUUGACGCAACCUGUGGCCUCUUAAAUCGAUAGAUUUGGAAAGAUUGUGUCACUUUGUCCAGUGUACAGUUAAGGUUGCACAACAGCGCUGUUAUUUUGACUUUCUGACCAAGACGCGAGUUUUAAGUAGACAUAGAGAGCAUCUACUGUAUAGUACCGUGCGUAGCGUGAAUAGUGGAAAGUUUCGAUGGUGUUUCGAAAGUUACCCGGUGUCUCCGCAUCGGGCAUGGGGCUUCGUCUCUCUCAGAAAUUCGUGUUUCUUCUUUUUCUCUCGGGUUUGGUAACGCUGUGCUUCGGGGCACUCUUUUUCUUACCCGACUCCGUGCGCCUGAAGCGCAUCUUUCUCUCCAAAAAUGAGAACCCGGCGGUGACCGUGGGCUCCGACAGCGACGCCCGGGAGCUUUCCAAAAAGGUGCCCGGAGACCAAGAGCACCAACGGGUGGGUUUAAAGGGUGCUGACGCGAAUGUUAAACUGAAAGUGAGCCGCAAGCCUUCGGUAACCCAUGGAGCGAGAACUGUGGAGAGAUCUGUUGGGAGUAGGACGCAGGAGGACUGGAGCCCGGCGAGGGCGCACGAACAGACGCCCAAGGACGAGCGGGUAACCUCGGGCGCUCAACACAUCGGCGGAUUCAACUUUGAGAGUUUUAAAAAGUGUCUGCAGAAAGCACCCUUGGGGAAGGACCAGGGAAAGCCAUCAGAUCCUCAGACGCUUCAGAGGAGAGAGAAGGUCAAAGAGAUGAUGAAGUUCGCCUGGGACAACUAUAAGCUUUACGCCUGGGGCAAGAAUGAACUUCGACCUCUGACCAGGAAUGGACACAUUGGGAAUAUGUUCGGUGGUCUUCGAGGGGCUUCUAUCGUGGACUCUCUGGACACACUUUACAUCAUGGGUCUGAUGGAGGAAUACGAAGAAGCGAAGGAAUGGAUCCAAAACAACCUCGACUUGAACUCGAACGGAGAGGCGUCGGUGUUUGAGGUGAACAUUCGUUACGUCGGUGGUCUUCUGUCGGCGUUCUACCUGACCGGAGAUGAGAUGUAUAAACAGAAGGUGGUGGAGUUGGGCGAGAAGCUCUUACCCGCUUUCAACACGCCCACCGGCAUUCCCCGAGGAGUCAUUAACCUGGGCAGUGGCACCAGUUGGGGUUGGGGAUGGGCGUCGGCCGGGAGCAGCAUCCUGGCGGAGUUCGGCACGCUGCACCUGGAGUUUCUUCACCUGUCUGAACUCUCUGGAAACCCCACGUUUACAGAGAAGGUGAUGAACAUUCGAAAGCUGUUGAACAAAAUCGAGAAGCCUCGCGGACUGUAUCCCAACUUCUUGAGUCCCGUCAGUGGAAACUGGGUUCAGCAUCAUGUUUCUAUCGGAGGUCUCGGCGACAGUUUCUAUGAGUACCUCAUUAAAUCUUACUUGAUGUCAGAUAAGACGGAUGAAGAAGCGAAGAGGAUGUACUACAGCGCUAUGGAGGCCAUCGAGACUAACCUGGUGCAGAAGUCUCAGGGUGGGUUAACUUACGUGGCCGAGUGGAGGGGCGGCAUCCUGGAUCAUAAGAUGGGUCAUCUGGCCUGUUUCUCCGGCGGGAUGAUCGGCAUCGGUGCUGAUGACGCGUCUCAGGAGAACAGACAACAUUACCUGAACCUGGCAGCUGAGAUCACACACACCUGUCACGAGUCCUACAGCCGCACAGCCACUAAACUGGGACCGGAAGCGUUUCGCUUUGAUGGAGGAGCCGAAGCGGUAGCCACACGACUGAGUGACCGCUACUACAUCCUGAGGCCGGAGGUCAUCGAGAGCUACAUGUACAUGUGGCGUUUGACCCAUGACCCUAAAUACAGAGAGUGGGGCUGGGAGGCAGUGGAGGCGUUAGAGAAGCACUGUCGGGUUGAAGCAGGAUUCUCAGGAAUCAGAGAUGUGUACUCCACCACAGUCAGUCAUGACAACAUGCAGCAAAGCUUCUUUCUCUCCGAGACCCUCAAAUACCUGUACCUGCUGUUCUCGGAUGAUGACCUGUUGCCCUUUGAGGACUGGGUGUUUAACACGGAGGCUCACCCGCUGCCCGUCAUACGCAAGAGCUGUCAGCAGGAGCACAACACCAGACAGACGUCGCUGGAGUAAUAUUUACCAUUCCACACGUAUAACACACACACACACACACACACACACACACACAUGAUAAUGCAGGGCCUGACGUGGACGGUCAGUUUCUCUCCUGUAAAGGAUCCGGUCCUCUUUACGCUGUGAUUGUAAAUCUCUGAGCCGACGCGGCACUUUUCUCCUGUGGACAAUCAGUGACACGUGACUUUCGUGAGACGAGAACUCAGUUUUCUUUGCUUCUUUCCUCCGUGAGGAACACGAACGGCCCCGGAGCCAUGGAGGAUCAUGGCGAGCGACAGGAAACCACUUUUCUUCACGUCCCACCUGUAAUUUAUCUUUUUCCCUUCAUCCCUUCAUCGUGUAUUCUGUUCUCGCCUCUUCUGCCAAAGCCUUUAGCGUCUCAUUUCUGUUUCUCUCCCAGCAUUGAUUUGUUCUUACGCGGUUUCAAGUCCAAUUUCGUUUUGUUUUGGAGGCAACGCGAGGACAGGGGUAUUUACAAAAAGUUUCCUUUAAAAAAUGUGAGCGUGAAAAGUGAAAUAUGAGGUUUGGUUCAAGAAGGAAUGAGAUUGUUUUAUGAUGUGUUGUUUUGGGUUGGAGUGAGUCGUAAAUCUCUGUUUCAAAGACCAACAGCAGAACGCAGACGCACUUACAGCAUGUGACCACUAGAGCGGCGCCAUCACCAUCACACAUUUAUCAUAUAUUAAAAUAUAAAUAGGUGGAUAUUGCAAUGUAUUUUUUUAAACGUUGUAGAAAACUGAUUAUUUUUCACUCUUCUUUAGAAUCUAUGAACAUUUUAAUCCUUGUGUAGUGUUCAGGUUUAUGUUAACAAUAAAAAUGAUUUAAUUCAUGAAGGUAAUGUAACUUGCUUGUAAUUGGGUGAAAGUAAAGAUUUGUGAUUUAUUUCUACAUACAGUUUAUUGAUUUAAGAGAUGAAUAAUACUGUGGGUCCACUAAAAACAUGAACACCAGGGUUAACAUUUUGGAUGAUUUUGUUCGCAGCUAUCAAAGAAAAUGUAGCUCAUGAAAACAUUAACGAUGUGAAUACAUAAAUGAUUUUAAAUCCUCAAAAUGAUGUUGAUUUGAUCCUAAAUCAAUGCAGAAAUCAUGUCUCACAUCUGCAGACACCAGCUUCCAACACUGUUGAGUUGAAAUAAUGAUCAUCGUGUUUGUAUCUUUUUAAGUCAUUUGAAACAUUAAGAAAGGGUUUUUUUAGCGAUGGCACGCAGCUCUACUGGUCACAGCGAUCUGAAAGCAUUUGUGAAUGUACAGAAUAACAUUACUGAAUGAAUGUGCGCGCGUGUGAUUCAUACGAUUCAUUGUUCUGUAAUUCCUCUCUCUUCUCAUUUUUAUGGCCGUUUACGAAAGAUUUUAAUUUUCCUCAGGUGUUUCUCUAAAGGUUUUGAUUACACUUUUUUGCACUAUGAAGUGCUUGCCAUUGUUAAUUUUUACGUCUUCUGUCUCUCAUCGAUUAAUAUUUUCAAGUUCUGGUAAAAGAUAUGUGCCACUUUAUACAUUUAAAAUGAGUGCACAGAUGUUGUACGUGUCUUUCUUUCAACAACUAACGUGUUUUAAAUGAUUUGGGUUUCUGCAGCGACAUCGGCUCCUCGCAUGACCUUCUGAAAUGCUUUUAGUGACACUUUUGCAUCAUCACAAUACUGCAUCAGCAUCGGAGGUUUUGCCACUUCGCUGGAAUAGGAUUUCUUUUAAAUACAUUAAAGGAAAAGUUCCGCCAAAAAUGAAAAUUCUGUCAUCAUUUACUCACCCUCAAGUUUAUUAUGACAAAAUUAUGACAGAAUUUUCAUUUUUUUGG